GUUUGACAUAUUUGUGUGAUUGGUGUAAUAAACUGUGUUUCUUUCUUAUAUUAUAUUCCUGUCUUUUAUAUGAAAAUAUGAAACCUAACUAAAUUCAUGGAUAUCUAAAUUUUAAUCAUUUAUAUAAUGGGAAUUAGUAUGUCAUGUCAACACUCUUAUACUACUUUCUGUUGGCGACUGUUCUAUUGCCCACAAUGCUGUUUUUCGACCUUUGGGCAUGGCUUGGUUGGGAACUCUUCACAAAUAAUUAAUUAAACGUGACCUAUAUAUAAGGGUGUUUUACAUUUUUUCUUUUAUUGCCUCUGUUAAGAUAUUUGACAUUGAUAGUGAAAAAUGGCAUCCGGUGAUGGAAUUGAUGCUAUAGAAUUAGCGAAUUCAGAAUCAUUCAAGAAUCUGCAAGAGAACAAUAUGUCCAAGGUGCAGAUAGGUGAUGAAAACCAUGCUGCUGAACCAAAGUCUAUGAUGACCUUAGAAUCAGGUGCUGCUCAAAUUGGGCGUUCUGUAGGCAUGCGUGAUAAAGAAAGAAAAAUUGGUCACAGAAGAGUUGGUGUUGGUGGUGAAAUUACUUAUAAAAAAAUUCAAACAACUCAGAUUAUGGGCUCUAUCCAGCUAGGCAUUCAGCAUGCAGUUGGUAGUUUAGCUUCUAAGCCUGAAAGAGAUUUGCUAAUGCAGGACUUCAUGACCCUGGAGAGCACCAAUUUUCCUCAUGAAGGUUCAAAUCAUACUCCUGCUCAUCAUUAUUCUGAAUUUAGAUUUAAAAAUUAUGCUCCUAUUGCAUUUCGUUAUUUUCGUGAUCUUUUUGGUAUCCAGCCAGAUGACUAUUUAAUGUCUAUGUGUUCAGCUCCCCUUAGAGAGCUUUCAAAUCCGGGUGCGAGUGGUUCAAUCUUUUAUUUAACAGAGGAUGAUGAAUUUAUUAUAAAAACAGUACAACAUAAAGAAGGAGAGUUUUUACAAAAAUUGCUUCCAGGAUAUUACAUGAACCUUAACCAGAAUCCGAGGACAUUAUUACCAAAGUUUUUUGGUCUUUAUUGCUAUCAAUGCAAUAGUAAAAAUGUUCGUCUUGUCGCAAUGAAUAAUCUGCUACCUAGUUCAAUAAAGCUCCAUCAAAAAUAUGAUUUAAAAGGUUCUACAUAUAAAAGAAAAGCCUCUAAAUUGGAACGUAACAAAAAGUCACCGACAUUCAAGGAUUUGGACUUUAUGGAACAGCAUCCGGAAGGAUUAUUGUUAGAAGCUGAUACGUACAAUGCAUUGGUAAAAACUAUACAAAGGGAUUGUAGGGUCUUGGAGAGUUUCAAAAUUAUGGAUUAUUCUCUUCUGUUAGCCAUACAUAACUUAGAUACAGCUUUGAUGGAAAAGUCUGAAGUUGGGCAGCAGGUGCAGAAUAAUCGUGCUGACGAAUCUGAUUAUGAGGAAGGUGCAUCUGAUAAUCCAGACUCUUUAAUUCAACAUGAAAGAACUCGUGAAGGAUUGAAUCGCUCCAAAUCUAUUAACAGGCAAAGGCUAGUAGCCCACUCUACAGCUAUGGAAAGCAUUCAAGCAGAAUGUGAACCAAUUUAUGAAGAGGAAGAUGUACCUCCUGGCGGUAUUCCUGCACGCACAGCAAAAGGUGAAAGAUUAUUAUUAUUUAUUGGAAUAAUAGAUAUUCUUCAAUCAUAUCGUUUAAAGAAGAAACUCGAACAUACCUGGAAGAGUAUAAUACAUGAUGGAGACACAGUUUCUGUACACCGCCCUGGGUUCUAUGCUCAGAGAUUUCAAGAUUUCAUGGCUAAAACUGUAUUCAAGAAAUUACCAUCACCAUUGAAGCAUUCACCAUCCAAACGCAAGAGCAUCACACGAGGUCAGAGACCAGUGGAAGGGGAUGGUGAAGCUGAAAACAGGCGACCCUGGCAUAGUAACACAUUUUCUGGAAGUCGCAAUAAUGGACCUGGUACAUCUAGAUCGUCUGGUCGUAGUUUCCAAUCAGGAAAUGCCCCUUCCUGCAGUUCUAGUUCUUCUACACCUCCACCUGCAUUUGAUGAUGUAAUGCAUUCAACGAGUCAUGGCCCUGCAGAUUCUGCAGAUCUUAGGAGAACUUUAGUUACCAUUACUAGGAUAUCACACAAAGAUGAUUCAGUUUGUACUUCUGAGGUGCGUUUGGAUACAAGAAGUAACUUAUCAGUUGACAAUGCUGGUAGAACUCACAAUUGGACACCAUCUGCUUCUACACCAAGAGGAUCUACUCCCACUUGGACUGAAGGGACACCUAGCUUUACAGAGUCCAGCAGUAGCGGUGAGACCCCAUACCCUUCAUCCCCUUUGCAUACAGAUGGUGGUAAGGACUCGGUGGAAGAUACUAUCACUACUCUUAAUACAAUGAUGAAGAAUGAGGUCAUCAUUCAAAUGCCACACUGUGAUAAAUAAAAAAUGAAAAAUCAAGUUGCUUAUGGAAUCGUAAUUCAGAAAACAAAAAUCAUUUAAAAUGACUGGUGUGAUAUAUGGCUGGAUUCAACAUUGUUCAAUUGUUUUAUUAUAAGUUUAUUUGAAAUUAUAUAAAUAAUUGAAUUUCUCUGUUUAUCAAAAUAAUGUUUUAAAAACAUUUAUAGAAUUCGUAUGCUAUGGUUUGUUGUAGCUUUAACUAUAUAAUACAUAUGCAUCAACUUAUAUGUAAUAACAA